UGACCUUUCUUCUUCUCCUCCUCUCAGAGCAACACGGAACUCUGCUAAAUCUCCUAAAAUAAAAAAACCCUAAUAUCUUCUACAGAUAAAAUCGAUUUAUUUUCUUUUUGAUUUUUGAAGCUUUUUUCGUUUUGGGAUUUAGGGUUUUCUUGAAUUUGAAUUCGAAAUAGCUAAAUAAUAAUAAUAAUAAUAAUGCCGCCGAAGCAGCAAUCGAAGGUCGACUUGGCGAAGAAGCAGAAGAUCGUGGAAGACAAGACCUUCGGUCUUAAGAACAAGAACAAGAGUAAAAAUGUUCAGAAAUAUGUUCAGAACCUCAAACAAUCUGUUCAGCCCAAGCCCGACACCACCAAAAUCAACGCCAAGAAAAAGAAAGAGGAAGAGAAAGCUAAAGAGAAGGAGCUGAAUGAUUUAUUUAAGGUUGCUGUUAGUCAACCAAAAGUACCAGUCGGUGUUGAUCCCAAGUCUAUACUGUGCGAGUUUUUCAAGGUGGGACAAUGUGCUAAGGGCUUUAAAUGCAAGUUCUCACAUGAUUUGAAUGUCCAGAGGAAGGGUGAGAAGAUCGACAUUUACAGUGAUAAGCGUGAUCAAGAAACGAUGGAGGACUGGGAUCAGGAGACGUUGGAGAAGGUUGUUGAGUCGAAAAAGACGGAGUAUAACCCGAAUAAACCAACUGAAAUUGUUUGCAAGUACUUUUUGGAGGCAGUAGAAAAGAAACAGUAUGGUUGGUUCUGGGUUUGUCCCAAUGGUGGCAAGGAUUGUCACUACAGGCAUGCCCUUCCUCCUGGCUAUGUUUUGAAAUCUCAAAUGAAGGCACUUCUUGAGGAAGAGACUGAAAAAAUUACCAUUGAGGAGGAAAUUGAAAAUCAGCGUGCCAAAGUGAAAACCACCACUCCAAUGACUCCUGAUCUGUUCUUUCAAUGGAAGAAGAAAAAGAUUGAGGAGAGAGAUGCUGGACUGGCUGCUCAACAAGCAGAGAGGGCAAAGAAUGACAGGAUGAGCGGUCGCGAGUUAUUUCUUUCAGAUGCUAGCUUGUUUGUGGAUGAUGUCGAGGCAUAUGAAAAAUACACUAGACAAGAACCUCAGCAUGCUGAAGAAAAGGUCUCCGGCAGUAUGGCUGCAGGGGGUCCAAGCACUUCUUCUGGUGCUGCUGCCGACUCUGAAGAAGUCUCUGAUGUUGACGACGACGAAGACGAGCUGGACAUGGAUGAGUUAAAUGAGCUCGAAGCAAGUCUGUCAAAAACCUCUAUUCAGAUUCGUGAGCCAGGUAUUGAGGCGUCUUGAAAUAGAGAUUUUUAAGUAGUGCAGGCAAUUUGCUUUAGAAUUGAG